AUGUCGUCCUCUCGCAAAUCCAUUUCCACUUCAUCAUCAGCAGCCGCCAAUAAUACUUCUCUUUUAAAUUCUUCCAAAUUGAAUAUUGGCUCAUCAUCGAGUAAAAAUAACAACAGACCAAAGGUCUUCUUUGAUGUUACUAUCGGAGGAAAACCUGCUGGUCGCAUUGUUAUGGAGUUAUUCACUGAUAUUGUGCCAAAGACUUGCGAGAAUUUCCGUUGUCUUUGUACAGGAGAGAUUGGCAUGUCAAAGAAUUUUCCAAAGAAGAAAUUUCACUUUAAAGGAGUGCCAUUCCAUAGAAUUAUUCCGAAUUUCAUGAUUCAAGGAGGUGAUAUCAUCAAUGGAGAUGGAACUGGAUCCGAUUCAAUUUAUGGAAGACAAUUUGCUGAUGAAAAUUUUAAAGUUAAACACAAUAAGACUGGAUUAUUGUCAAUGGCCAACUCUGGAAAGAACACGAACGGGAGUCAAUUCUUUAUUACAACAGCAAAGACAAACUGGUUAGAUGGAAAACAUGUGGUCUUUGGACAAGUGAUUGAGGGUAUGUCUGUUGUGAGAGCUAUCGAACGACAAGGAACCACUGAUGGAACACCUAAGAGUCGUGUGAUAAUUUCAGAUUGUGGAGAGCUUAAGAAGGAGGAAGAACCUACUGAGGUCUCUCUAUUGGAAACAUCCAUUCUUAAAAAAGCAGACACAAGAAAAUCAUUGGCAAGUGGAUCGAAUAGCUCAACCGAAUCUCCAAAAAAGAAUGUUGACACCACCCGUGCCCUAAUGUUCUCUGGUCUCUCUGAAAAGGUUUCCGAAAAGGUUUCUGAAAAAGAAGUGAUUGAAAUGUUAAGUGGAUACAAACUUGCAGAGUUGUCACCUGUCUGGAUCUUAGGAAGAGGAUCAGGAUUAGCAUUGGUUGAAUUUGUUUCCACCGAAGAAGCAGAAAAACUGGAACAAGAUGUUAUCAAUGCCACCUUGAAAUUACCAUGUGAAGUACAUCACAUUGAAAAUGCUAAAAAGAAGCAAGGCGUGAAACGAGUAAAACAAGAUGCAGUCAACAGUGACGACGACGACGAGGAACAGAGCAAUGAAUAUGAAUCCAAGCAAAAGAAGGUGAAAACAGAACAAACCGAAGUUGAUGACAAGGAUUUACAAAAAGCCAAAAAAAUUCUAAGCUUGUGGAAACAAAGUAAACAAAAGCAACAAUAA